AUGCGGUGGGUUGAUGAAAGGUUGACGUGGACACCGUCCGAUUUCGGCGGUCAAUCAACACUGCUGGUUCCUCCAGAAGAUGUUUGGCGUCCACAACUUUACUUGCUACAGUCGUUUGAUAGAAUGCAAGAUAUAGGUAAUGUGUCAAUGAUGGUUCGAUUAUCCUCAAGUGGCCUAGUAAUUUGGAACCCGGGAAGCGUCUUAAAAAUUGUAUGUUCUGUUGACGUAACAUAUUUUCCUUUCGAUACUCAGACUUGCAACAUAUCUGUUACUGGAUGGGUGUAUACAACAAAUGAAGUGAUGUUUUACGUCACGAAUAGCACGGUAAAUGAAGAUAAUCUCAGCUCCAAUAGUCAAUGGACACUUGAGUCUGCAGCUGUUUUAACUAUUAGCGAUAUCGGACAAACAGCCCUGCCAACGAUAAAUAUUGAAUUAAUACUGAAGAGAAGAAGUGACUUUUUUGUCGUCUACAUUGUCUUUCCAAUGGUUUUCCUUGGCUCCAUAAACAAUCUCGUGUUCGUUAUGCCUGCGAAUUCUGGAGAGAGAACAUCAGUAGCUAUUACGACAUUUCUGUCUUUUAUUGUAUUUAUGCAAAUGAUAAACGAUGCUGUUCCUGAAAGUUCUGCCCCAAUGGCUUACAUUUACUACUAUAUUUUGUUUCUGUUGAUAUAUAGUUCUGUCAUCAUAUUUUUGUGUAUAGUUUCAUUACGUAUUCAUGACAAGGAGAUUCCAGUUUCGUCAACUGUGGAAAGAGUGGUGUACUUUCUUCGAUUUUGGUGGUUAAAACGGAAAAAGAAAUCAAUCGUCAUGCCUGAGAGAAAGUUUUCUAAUGGUUCAGAACAAAUGGAAGUGGAAAGCAACAAGUUCCAUGGGUACACAGAAGAAAACAAAGAAUGCAGUAGUCCUAAAGUCACCUGGAAAUUAGUUGGAAAAACCUUCGACAUAUACUGGUUUUCUGUUUUGCUGUUAUCAUUUUGGGUGAUGACAAUUCAAACUUUUGCAAAUUUGUAUAACAAUCAGGGAUUCUGAUUU